GCAUCCUGAUUCCUUCUGUCUUCUAUUGUGGUCAAUCGUCGCCAUGAAGUUCUGUCCCAGCACCGCGACCUUGCUGUUUAGCAUUCCUCUCCAAGCAGAUGCUGGAGUAGAUGCUACUGACUCAUGUUGUGCUGCCUUAUCAGCCAGCUCCGUGGGCCAGCAGGUCGUCUAUCCUCACCAAGAACUUUUCGUCAAAUCUGUAGAGUCUUACUGGUCUCGCAGCGUACGCCUGUCACCGUCCUGUAUUGUUCAACCGAAAUCUGUCGAAGAUGUGUCGGUGGCCGUGUCGACGUUGGUCCAAGAGGGUGGCUCACUGUCGUCCUGCAAAUUUGCGGUUCGUAGCGGUGGUCAUACGGUCUGGGCUGGAGCUGCAAAUAUCGAAGAUGGUGUGACGAUUGAUUUGUCAAAGAUGAAUAACACAAUUCACCAUCCUGAGAAUAAGACGGCAUCCAUCUAUCCUGGGGCUAGAUGGGCAUCUGUGUACAAGACGUUGGAAAAUGAUAACGUGACUGUGGCGGGUGGUCGUGGUGGACCUGUCGGUGUUGGCGGAUUUUUGCUUGGAGGUGGAAAUUCCUUCCAUUCCGCAAGAGUUGGUUUCGCAUGUGACAAUGUCGUCAACUACCAAGUCGUUCUAGCCAGCGGUGCCAUUGUCGAGGCUAACGAAAACACCAAUCCUGACCUAUUCAAAGCCCUGAAAGGCGGCACAAUCAACUUUGGCAUCGUGACCCGCUUUGACAUGAAGACCAUACCUACCGAGGGCAUCUGGGGCGGCGCCGUCACAUACGACUGGUCCACUGCGUAUCAGCAAAUUCCAGCAUUUGUGCACUUUACGGACAACAUACACAAGGACCCGUAUGCGUCAUUGAUUACCAUGUGGCAGUACGACUCGAAGACAGACACAAACUCAGUCAUUAACGCUAUGCACUAUACUAAGCCUGUGGCUCAUCCUGCGGCUUACGAUGAGUUCAAACAGUUUUCUAACAUGUCGGAUGGAACUCGAAUCGAUAGCCAAUACGUUCACGUGACAGAAUUGUCUCAGGAGGGAGAGUCUCGCAACGUCUUUGUAACCGGCACACAUGCCAACAACGCCAAAGUUAUCCAGAAAGCUGCAGAACUACACAAACAAGUCAUUGAAGAGGCCAAGAAACACGCAAAAAGCAAAUCAUGGAUUCUGGUGUUAAUUAUCCAGCCAUGGCCCAAGCUGUUCACUGAGCGUGGCUCCGGAGUGGGCGGGAAUGUCCUAGGCUUGGAGCGCUUUGACGAGAAUCUAAUCCAAACCCUCUAUGACUAUUCGUGGGAUGAUAAAGCGGACGACGAGCUCUUCCACCGUCUGGCAAGAUCCAAUCACCAGCAAUUGGACGGAUAUGCGAAGAUGAUCAAUGCAGAUAACGAGUUUGUCUACUUGGACUACGCCGACAAAACCCAGGAUCCAUUGCGGGGGUAUGGAGAACAGAACGUGAAAUAUAUCCGGCGCGUGGCGGAGAAGUAUGACCCGUAUGGAGUCUUCCAGUACCAGGUGCCUGGAGGGUUCAAGGUUUCGAAUGUGAACUGAUUUGCUGGUGUGGGUGUGGGAUGAGACGAUGAACUUCUAUAUAUAUUUAUGGCUACCAGCAGUUUAUAUAAGGUAAAUAGAAUGAAAAUAAUGAUAUGUGCUCUAUAGUUUGGAUACAUUGAUAGCUUUGCAGAGAAUACUUCAUCCC